AUGGCCAUGAAGGAGACCAUUCUGCCCAUCAGCGAGGUGUCUGGCCCGGCCCCGUUGCCCUACCCGGAGGUAGUGGAGCUCAACGUGGGCGGCCAGGUGUAUGUCACGAAGCGCUCCACCCUGGUCAGCGUGCCCGACACCACCCUGCACGCCAUGUUUACCCGGUGCCCGCCACGGGAGCUGCCAAGGGACAGCCGCGGGCGCUUCUUUAUCGACCGCGAUGGAUUCCUGUUCCGCUACGUGCUGGACUUCCUGCGAGACCGCCAGCUGGUGCUGCCCGACCACUUCCCUGAACGUGAGCGCCUGCAGAGGGAAGCCGAGCACUUCCAGCUGGGCGAACUGCUGCGCCUCCUGGGGCCCCGGGUGGGUUCCAAGCAGGGCUCCAUGAAUGAUGAAGGCUGCCACAGCGAUAUUGAGGAGAACUCACAAAGCAGUGAGUACCCCACAGGUCGUACCUUGACUUCCUCGGACAAGAGGUCAGGGUUCAUCACCAUCGGCUACAGGGGAUCCUACACCACGGUGCGGGACAACCAAGCCGAUGCCAAGUUCCGACGCGUGGCCAGGAUCAUGGUGUGUGGACGCAUCGCUCUGGCCAAAGAGGUGUUUGGGGAAACACUGAAUGAGAGCCGGGACCCAGACCGGCCACCGGAGAAGUACACGUCAAGGUUUUACCUCAAGUUCACCUACUUGGAGCAGGCAUUUGACCGGCUUUCUGAGGCGGGCUUUACAAUGGUGGCUUGCAAUUCCACGGGAACAGCCGCUUUUGUCAACCAGUACAGGGACGACAAAAUCUGGAGCAGCUAUACGGAGUACAUCUUCUUCAGGCCGGCAUCGAAGAUCGUCUCCCCCAAGCAGGACUGUGAGGAGCGCCAGAAGGACAAACUGGGCACCGACAAGGGCAGCGAGAGCGGCACCUCCCUCAACGAACUCUCCACCUCCAGCUCCGAGACCCACUCUGAGGCCACCUCGCCCCAGGACGGUCCCAACUUGGGUGGGGGAGGCGGCGGGGGAUCCAUGGCCCCCUGCGGAGCCCUCCAGUCUGUCUCUCGGCAGCCGAGCACCCUCACCCUUGGGCGGCCCUCCAAGAAGGGCUCGUCAGUGCAGUGGAUGCAGCUGCCAGAUAGGCGACGCAACAGCGAGCUCUUCCAGUCGCUGAUGGGGCGUGAGGGCGGCCUGAGCAGGAAGAAGAACACGGAGAGACCCAGCGCAGAGGAAGAGAUGAAGCAGUGCAUACAGGACUUUAACAACAUCAAAAUCCCACAGGCUUUCCCCGAGCGCAAGCGGCAGUGGCAGUCCGAACUACUCCAAAAGUAUGGUCUAUAG